CCUCUCCGCAGAGACCCAUCUUUGACGAGAGACAGACAUAUCCUUGAUCAACGCUAAAGGUAACAGCCAAGGGGUCACAGCAGAAACCAUUCAAAGCAGAGGAAACCAGAGAGCCGACUAGAUCCAGAAUGUCCCAGCUGUUCCAACGUCACAUCCAGCCAACCAGGCACCCGAGUCAUAACACCUGCGUGGUCACCAAAGACUGGCGCUGCAGCAUCGCAACAUCCGGCAACAUCCACAAUCGCUUCAUCUACCUGGUGGACUUCUGGACCACCUUGGCGGAGAUUCGCUGGCGCUGCGUGCUCCUCCUGUUCAUGGUGUCCUUCACCGGGAGCUGGUUCAUCUUCAGGAUGCUGUGGUAUUGGAUCGCCAAGAGCAACGGAGACCUGGUGGGACAGAACGGCACGGAUGGCCACGUCAUGUGCGUCGCCAACGUCAACAGCCUGUCCACGGCGUUCCUCUACUCGCUGGAGACGCAGACCACCAUCGGCUAUGGCGACCGGGUGCUGACAGGGCAUUGCCCCAGCACGGCGGCCGUCAUCGUCCUGCAGUUUGUGGUGACCAUCUUCAUCAAAAGCUUCAUGUGCGCCCUCAUCUUGGCCAAGCUCUUGCUCCUAAAGCGGCAAGCCAAGAUGGUGAGCUUCAGCGACACAGCCGUCAUCUGCGUCCUGAAAGGGAAGCUCUGCCUCCUGAUCCGCUUGGCCAAUGUCCCGAACGGCAGCCAGAUCUACUGCAGGCUGCUGAAGACCACCACCACGCCAGACGGCAAAACCUUCAUCCUGGACUACCAGCUUGACAUUGACUUCAUGGUGGACGCCAUUAUGGACAACCUGAUCAUCGAUUGCCCGUUGUUGACCAUCUACCACGUCAUCAACGACUCCAGCCCUUUAUACAAGCUAUCGGCCGACACGCUCCCCCAGGAGGACUUUGAGCUUGUGGUCUUGCUGGAUGGCAUGCCUGAGUCCACCAGCACCUCCUACAUCCCGCAGAAGAUCCAGUGGGGGCACAACUGGACUGGCAAGUACAGAGUGGACUUCACCAACUUCUCCAAAACAAAGCGGGUGACCACGCCGCACUGCGCUCAGUGCGUCAAGGGCAACCAGUGAACGGGAACCAACACAUGAAGGACAGAAGAACCAGAAGAUGAUGGGCAUCGACAACUUACAACUCCUUAGACGUGACUAAGAUGUGAGCUAAGGCGCUUUUAAAAGACGUCCCACUACUGCAGAACCUUCGAGGUCCAACACAGUCCUUCAAAUAGAAAUCUUCUGGUUCGGGGUCAAACUGUGUAAAAAGAAGUUAAGCACAGUUGAAAUGAAAAAGAUCCAACUUAGCUUUGAUGGUGAGCAAGGCACUGUUUUAAUAAAUGGUACUAGCAGAAGAAGCUAACCUUGACUAUAAUAACAAUGUAAAAACCCUAAUAACAAUGUAAAAACCCUAAUGUAGUCUUAACUGAUUCAAAACUACUAUUCUUAAAAACACAGGUCAUUUUCAUUCUUUUGAUUACUACUUCCUCCUCACAUGCAGAAGUCACUUUUACAAAAAAAUGUAAUAGUCACACAAGUGUAAAGAUAACAACUAUUCAAAUAAAAUCCUUAAAUUGUAGCCUUAACUGAUGCCAAGUUAUUUUAUCACUGAUAUUAUAAUUAAUCAAAACGCAGCUCAUUUCCAUGCUUUUAUUACGAUUGAUUGAUGGUCGCAUUGGCCAUGUUGUCCUGAGCAGCCCGGACAGGAAACAACUGUAAACAAAAGUUAACCGCUUAACUUUUAAGUCAACCGCCCAUCUUAACUUUUUAGGGCUGACUUCUUCUCACAUGAAAAUGUUUAGAUGUGGGUGUGCAUAGCACUAUGUAUAUAAAAAAAAAAAUCAGAACUCAUACAAGUGGAAAAAGAAGCCAACCGCUAUUGAAAGAAAAACAUUAAAUAGUAGGGGUGCACCAUAAGUAUCAGACGGAUAUGAGGAAUUAUGACAUGAUACCGAGAAAUGUGAUAACAUUAACUCAUUCAAUACCAAAGACGUAUUUAUACGUCUUUUACUUUUUUGCGCGAAAAGCAAAAAGAGGUGAUGAUGCAAAUACACACUCAGAGAUGCACCUUUUAAAGGUGUUUUAAGCCAUAAAAAUGGCCACAAAGUGGCAGAUGUGCAUUUGAUAAUAGCUCGGCAUGGAUGUUUUGUAUGUAAAAAACACACUCGACACAAAGGAGGAAGUGGAAGCGCAUAAAGGAGUGUAGCGUGCAGAAGGUUACGCAUUGCAGGUAAAUUUUAACUCAAUCACACGCACACAGUUUAGUUCCAAAUGUGAAAAUUGUAAAUAGUUCAUGGUGUUACAGUAUAUUUGUAAAUACAUUUUUAUUUUCAUGUAAAACAACCCUUUUUUUUGUUUUUGUCGUGGUGUACUUGUUUAGAUAUUUGAG